AUGAGGCGAAACAGUUGUUUUUGUCACCUAGACGGCGACAACAAUGGCAGUAGAUGCAAGGGAAUUAGUCACGCUGCUGGCAACAGCUGUACAAGUGCCGCAGGGCGACUGCAGCCUGCACCCUGUUUAGUCUCAACAACGAGUUCCACCGUUUACAAAACUUUUAUGGGCGUAUAUUUAAAAAACAAACAACUAAACGACCUAUAUAGACAGCCUACUCUGAUUUUUAACUUGUUUCUAUUUUUAAAAGUCAUGGGUGGAAUAAAGACAAGUACUUUCGACUCGUCGUCUACAUGGGUACAUUAUGUAUGUUAG